CUAUUGCGGAGUCUCUGGGGGCUGGGGUUCCUCCUCAUCUGUCUCCCCAUCCUUCCAGAAAUGCUCCCUCGUCUCCUCCUAAGGGGCUUGGCUCCAGCUAAGGCCCUGCCUCGGCAGAGUGGCCAUGUCAGAAGGGGAGAGCAAGGACAGCUCGGGCAGCGAGUGUCCCGUGUGCUACGAGAAAUUCCGCGACCUGGACGGCGCCAGCCGCACCCUGAGCUGCGGCCACGUGUUCUGCCACGACUGCCUGGUCAAGUACCUGCUCUCCACCCGCGUGGACGGCCAGGUGCAGAGGACCAUCGUCUGCCCCAUCUGCCGCUACGUCACCUUCCUCAGUAAGAAGAGCUCCCGCUGGGCUUCCAUGCUGGACAGGAGCUCCCAGACCUUGGCCGUGCCCGUGGGCCCCCCGGCCGCCUCCCCGACGGCCUGGAGGCCGCCCCCCAGCCAGGGCGCCCAGCUCCCCUCGGACCCGCCGCCCGGCCUGGCCCGGGAGCCCCAGGUCUUCGUCAUCAGCCGCCACGGGAUGCCCCUGGGCGAGCAGGACAGCGUGCUGCCCCAGCGCAGCCUGGCCGAGCUGUCGGAGGCCUCGCCGGCCCCCAGCUCCCGCCGGGCCUUCUGCUGCCGCUCGCGGGCCCUGCUACUCAUCACCCUCAUCGCCGUGGUGGCCGUGGUGGCCGCCAUCCUGCCCUGGGUGCUGCUGGUGAGGAAGCAGGCCUGACAGCCGCCCUGGGCCGACCGGGGCCUGGACGGGCGUCCUCACUUCUCACCUCUGGCUCCUCCCGCCCGGCGGGGGCCCAGGGAGGCUGGGGCUGAGCUCUGGGCCCAGAAAGGGACACCAGGUUCCGGGCCAGGGUGCAGAAGGCAGUGGAGGCCCCUCAGGAACCAAAGCUGCGCUCCCCACCCCCCGGGUGGGGGUUGGCGGUAGCCUCAGCAGAUCCUCCCCGCCUCCUCCAGGCUGGUACUGAGCAAAAUGGAGAGCUGGUGGCUUUCCCCUUCCCGUGGGGUCACCAGCCCUGAGGCGUCCUCCUUCUCUGCCAGGUGACCCACCCGAAGCCAGGCGGGGCUCACUGGUGGCUGGCUGGGGGCCCAAUGGCAGGACCCCUCCAGGUCAGAAUUCCCACCCGGGGUUCUCUAGUCUGCUGUCGGAAACAAACAGAAGCAGUGGCUCGGGGCCCGAGAGCGCCCUUCCCAGAAUCUCAGCAAACGUCCUCACGGCUGCCCUCCCGCCCCCAAGUCCUCCUGAACCCCAAGUCCCCGACCUGGAAGGCCUUCCCUUGUGGGGAGGAGCUGAUCUCAGGGGCUGUGGCCCCGGGGACCUCUGGGGGAAGUAACAGAAAAGGGGAGCUGAGGCCGAGGCUGGCAAAAUGGCCCACAAACAGAGCCAGAGGCCUCCGCAGGCCUCGCGGGCCCGUGAACGGUCCACAGUUUGAGUCUUGGGGUUGUCAAGGGUGGACUGGCGGGCGGGGAGUGCAGGGGAAGCCUGACCGAGACUUGAGUCAGCCGAGAAGUAUGCAACUAUGGGGGCAAAUUAACCCCUGGGGGCUCCCGCCUCCCAGCCGGCCCAGGUCCUCAUGACCCAACCACUCAUUAGAGGUCACACCAGCCGGGCCAGUUUCCCAGGCCCAUUCCCAGCUGGGCUGGGCCGGGCAAGGACGGGUGGGGAAGCAAACAGCUGAAUUCAUCAGGGACUCUACUGUCUCAAUGAGACAGUCCCCACCCUGGACUGUGGCCCGGCUCCGUGAGGAGGGCCACUCCGAAAGCCUCGGACGGGGUCUUGCCCAUACGUCAACGGGCCAUAAUCUUAACUGUAGGAUGAACGACAAAAACUCUCAGCUGCUCUCUGGGAUAGGCGGUUGUUCACACCCCGGCUGUGCCAAGAGCUAACGCUCCCCCCGCCCCGAGCCUAUGCCUCUUGGCAAAGUUCGCUAUCUAUGGAGAAAGAAAUAACGC